AUGGACCUCCUGGAGAAGCUUCUGGAGGAUCAGCCGACCUCCCCCAAGAAGCCCAAGAGCAUCGCUGAGCCUGAUCUUAGGGAUAAGGAAGGUGAGGUCACCUCUCCAACCUCCUCUGAGUGGACUUCAGUGAGGAUCAAUCCUAGGGAGGACAUGGCUGAGAAGGAUGUGCUAGCUGUGUGUGUCCUGGUCACCAGUGAUGACAGCAGCUCUGACUCCGAGUCUCAUGGUGGCAGCCGGGCCUCCAGUGUUAAAGCCUAUGAGAAGGAAGACCAGCAGCUGGACCCUCCAGCCCCAUCGGACACCCUCUCCCGGCACAGCUCCCUGAGGGAGGCCCCCAGUGGAUUUUUGUCUCCUCAGGACCAUCAGGAGUCCAAAGCUAUGCAUGAUCUGAAGCCAGAGAACAGUAGAGUUGCGCUGCUUCCACCUCCAAGGGAUACAUCUCCUUUCCUUUCUCCUUCCUCAUCGUCUCCUUCUCCUUCCCCACCACCUUCGUCAGACAGUAGUAUCUCAGAGAAUGUUUCAGAAGCUUCCUCUCCACCCCAGGUGACAGCUUACAACCCACCCUUGCAAAUCUCAAGGGGUCACUUCAGUCCUUCCAAUCAAAACUCCAGGAAACAAGUCAGAGCUCACGAAGCACCCACAGAAAUGCCCGUCUACCUGCCCCACCACGCAGGGCUGGAGCAGGAGGAUCCUUACCUGCGGAGGUUGGGCCAGACAAGCUUCAGGAACUUCCAACCACCCAUACCUGAUGGGCGUCAGGAGGCAGGUGCUGGAGGCCAUCAUGGAGCCCAACAGCCCACGAGAGUGGAGGACAGUCGUUGGCUUAAGCUUCCUCCCCGUGCUAGAGAGAAACAAGAGCUAGGAGUGUGGAGCACAGAGGGCAGAGUAGGAGAGGAGAGUGGGCCAGAGCCUGCAACGGGGAAGAAAACAGGUCUAAAGAAGUUAUUGCUCACUGAGGAGCAGAAGAGCAGUUUACUGAAUUGGAAUGAUGCCAUCCCUGAGAGUGUGAACCCAGGGCCCAUGGCUGGGCAGUCCAAGAAAGAACGUGAGAACUGGGAGAGAGGGCAGGUGCUGAAGCCAGAGUGCCCCUUGCUUUCUCCUAUCCCAAGAAAACCUCAGUCAGGUCCCCGAGAUGACUGCGAAAAGAGCCUAGCAGAACAGAAUGUACCAGCGGAGCGCACUGUGACCCCACCCAAGUCCCCACUGCAAUUCUUCGCCAAUGCUUUCCGCAACUUCUUCCCUAGCUCUGACAGUGUGAAGAAGGCUGGGGCCAAACCAGAAGCCCGGCCUGUUGCUGCUAGCCAACCCCACAUGUGUGCACGCUCGCUCAGUUUCCGGGCCACCAGCUCCACUAAAGAAUGGAACAAGCAGUCCCCAGACAGGGCCUCCUCCCUCUACUCCUGGGGCACCCCAACUACCAGGACUGCCCAACCUACGUACCCCAACCCUAUGGAUUCUUCUUUCCUUACCCGAAGUUUGCCCAACCGAGCUUCUUUUGGAGGGCGACCCCAGUGUAGCAGACUGGAAGACGUGCCCACCUCCCUUCUGGAAAGAGUGACUUUGCAAGAGACCUUUCCAGAUAAGAAGAGAAACUUCUUCUCCUCCCUUAAACACAAAGACAGGCCUUCGGAGUAUAUUUUCCCAGAACCCAGGCAAAGGAAGGAACUCGGGGAGAUCUUAUUAAGCAGCGCCUUUGGGAAUGCCCUGUCCCCUGCCCGUUCCCAGCCCCAGGAGAAGCUGGUCCAGCCCCUCCGUAGCACCCGCCUAGGCUGCAGGAUCCACCCAGAGGGCAAUGCAAGAGCUGGAACAAUAGUACGACAAGUAAGGCACUUGCCUUGCAUGUUGCUGAUCCCAGUUCAAUCACCUGCAUCCCAUAUGGUCCCCUGAGCAUCACUAGGAGUGAUUUCCUGAGUGCAGAGCCAAGAAUAACCCCUGAGCAUUGCCAGGUGUUUCCCUUACCUUCACCGAAAUG